AUGAAUUUCGAUUUCCCUUUUGCUGGUUUCAAAACUCCCUAAAAGCCCUAUUAUGUUAGAUCAAAUCAUAAACAUCACUCAAGUCAACCCCAACUAUCCAACUACUUUACAGAUCCUUAUGAAAAUAAAUAAAGUCUCUCCAAGGUGGGCAAAGAAACGCUAAAAAAAUGGGAUUUCUUCUCUGACCCAUUUAGUUUACCUGAUAAAUAUACCAUAAAAUCUCAAUAAAAAAUAAAAACUGAAUCAACCGACUUUGCCUUCGAUAGCAUAGAUUUGAUUUUAGGAAAGUAAACAGAUCGACACAGUACAACCUCAUAAGUGAUACCUUUGAAAACUCAAUCAGAGAAACUAAUAGGCAAAAAAGUAUAAUUUUCAGAAUUGGUACAAGUGAAGAAUGAUGACGGAAGUGAAUCUGAAGAACCUAUUUAAUUGUUGUCGAGGAAGGAAACAAGAAAGAGUAAGUUUUCAACAUCAAAUCAGCGACCAUUAGAUUCAGUUUAGAAAUAAUGUUGA